GAAGCGGCUGAGGGAAGGUGGGCAGAGAGAAUGUUCAUUGGAGAGGGGCUGGUGGGGAUCCUCCAAUUCUUUGGAUACAGCCUGAGGGCCAACCAGCAGUCAUGACCUCUCAAUGACCUUCUGCAACAAUUAACCAUUCACGGGUCAUUCGCCCCUGUUGGGUGUCAAUUUCCUCAUUUCCAAAUGGAGACAGUAACAAUACGAGCUUCCAGCGUCUUCGGAAAGUUGCUUUGUAAAGUCCUAUAUGAAAGUCUGUUGUGCAGAGGUCGCUCCCACACUGUUUAUGCUGUGGUCCUGUUGUCCUAAAACCCUGACUACUCUCCUAAAUGCCAGGUGGAUUAAUUCGCUUCUCAAAUGUUUAUCGAUGACUUAACAUGUGGUCUCUCAUUACCUGUGCCCAGAACACCUGAUUAGAUUCCAUGGCGAGUACAAAUAAUGUGACCGAGUUAAUUAUCGUCGGUCUUUUCCAGGAUCCAGAAGUGCAGAGGGCAUGCUUUGUGAUGUUUCUUCCUGUGUACCUGGCGACAGUGGUGGGCAAUGGUCUCAUUGUUCUGACAGUCAAUGUCAGUAAGAGUCUGCGUUCCCCCAUGUACUUCUUCCUUAGCUACUUGUCCCUGGUGGAGAUCACUUACUCCUCCACUGUUGUCCCUAAAUUCAUCACAGACUUACUUGCCAAGAUUAAAACCAUCUCCCUGGAGGGCUGUGUGGCUCAGAUAUUCUUCUUCCACUUCUUUGGAGUUACUGAGAUCUUCCUGCUGACGGUAAUGGCCUAUGACCGCUUCGUGGCCAUUUGCAAACCUCUUCACUACACCACCAUCAUGAGCCAGUUUGUGUGUCGUCUUCUGGUGGCUGUUUCCUGGCUCGGGGGCAUAAUUCACUCCAUGGUCCAGAUCCUUGUUACUGUUCAGCUGCCGUUCUGUGGUCCCAAUGUGAUUGAACACUACUUCUGUGACCUCCAUCCAUUAUUCAAGCUUGCCUGCACUGACACUUCUGUGGAGGGGGUUAUUGUGUUGGCCAACAGUGGAUUAAUCUCCGUCUUCUCCUUCCUCAUCUUGGUGUCCUCCUAUAUUGUCAUCCUGUACAACCUGAGGAACCAUUCUGCAGAGGGGAGGCGCAAAGCCCUCUCCACCUGUGCCUCUCACAUCACAGUGGUCCUCUUGUUCUUUGGACCUGCCAUCUUCCUCUACAUGCGACCCUCCUCCACCUUCACUGAGGACAAACUGGUGGCCGUGUUCUACACAGUUGUCACCCCCAUGUUGAACCCCAUCAUCUACACACUCAGAAAUGCAGAGGUGAAAAAUGCCAUGAGGAAGCUGUGGGAGAAGAAAGUGAACUCAGAAGUGGGAUAAAAAUGAAAAAAUGAAAAAAAAUUCUUAAGAACAGGACUAUAUAUGCAUAUUCUGUUUUUGGUCAAAUGUAAAGAACAGAACAAAAGUUAACUUAUUCAUAUAUAUUUUUUUGUGGUAGAUAAAUGAGCCCCUUAUACUCCAUGUUAUCAGUUGUAGCUCUUUCAUUGCUGUCUGUAUUUUGGAGAAUUUUCAAAUUGAGUUGCAUCUCUUCUCCUGUUGUCCAUAGUGCAAAGUGCACAGAUUUCAGGAGGGAUCAUCUAGACUGGAAUUUCCAUCUGGAAUUCCCAUCCUAUCAUCUUCUGCCUGUACAGCCUUGGGUCCAUGCAUUUUGCCUUUUGGUGUUAGCAUAUGGUGUGUGGAAAGUCUGUGGACUUGGAGAAUGAAGUUUAUGUUUUGCUUUCCUACUGAUGUGGUCUUGUGGGAGUCACAGGAAAGCAUUUUUACUUCAUUUGGUGUCCCUACCCCAUUAAUUUAAUUCCAAUGCCUAAAAUUCCGUAAUAGGAGAUUUGUUUCAUGACAGUAGGGCAUUGCUAGAAUGGCAGUAUCUCUUGGAGGUGAAGUACAAAUGCUUAUAUUUGUCAUAUCUUCUUGAUGGAUUGAUUCCUUUAUCCCUAUACAAUUUUUUGUCCUUUGUUACCAUUUUUGGAUUAAAAUCUAUUCUGAUAUAAGUAUAGCUACCCCUGCUUUCUUUUGUUUUGGAAUUUCUUUUCUAUUGAUUUACUUUGAGCCCAUAUUUGCCCCUAAAUCCGAAAUGUGUCUCCUGUAGGCAUAGUUGGGUCUUCUUUUUUCUUAUUCCAAUCAGUCACUAUGUCCUUUUUGAUUGAAUUUAACCCAUUAACAUUUAGAAUGAAUUAUUGAUAUAAUUUAUAGUUUAUCUUGUUAAUUGCUUUUGGUCUGUUUUGAAUUUCCAUUGUUUCUUCUGUUUCUGCCUACCUUUUUUUAAAUAUGUUUAUUUACUUAUUUUGAGAGAGAGAGAGAGAGAGAGAGAGAGAGAGAGAGAGAGAGAGAGAGAGAGAAUGAGAGGGGGAAAGGGCAGAGGGGAGAGAGAGAAGGGGCUUGAUGUCACAAACUGAGAUCAGGACUGGAGCCAAAAUCAAGAGUCAGAUUCUUAAAUUACUGAACCAACUAGGUGCCCCCGUUUCUGCCUACCUUUGUAAAAGGUAAUUUUCUGUGGUGGUAUGCCUUUGAGAAUCGACUCUGCGUUUCUGCUUUGUUGUUACUAUGAGGCUUACAUAAAAUAUCUUAGAGAUAAAACAAUCUAUUUCAAGUUGAUAGCAACUUCAGUUGCAUAUAAGAUAUCCACCCUUUACUCCUCUAUUUUGUGUUUUUGAUAUCACAAUUUACUUCUUUUUAUAUUGUGUAUUCAUUAACAAAUUACUGUAUAUAUUGUUAUUUUAAUACUUUUUCCUUCAACUGUUGCAGUUAAGUGAU